AUGGCCCUGGGCGAGCAGAAGCGCAAAGAGCAAAGGAAAGAGGACAUCGAGGCCGCCUCGGCGCACGAUUUCCCCAGCUUUUCCGAAGUUCAUCCCAAUCAGAUGAAGGAUUUCGUCAAAGCCCAGCAGGAGAGAGUGCGACAGUCGCUGGAUGAUCAAGUGAGGACCAAUAACACCUUAAGAAAUCUGGCCAAGCAGAAGGAUCUAGCACUCGAGCUGAGCCAACUACAGGCGAAUCGGGAAGAGCUGGCGAUGCUGCGCAACGCAGACCGUGCCAAGAAAGCCUUUGAUCGAGAGACGCUGGCGACGGCCUGGAACGCAGAUAUUCGAAUGAAGAAUAUUUGGAAAGCCAUUGAGACUUGGCGUGAAUUUGGUUUGGUCCGUUCGAUUGGCACCAAGAAGAAUCGUACAUGGAUGCAUGCAACAUCAUGCAACCGUGUCAGGGAGUUUAGAACACAAGUAUAUAAUAUAUUAUACAUAUUUGGGCAACGUUCUGUCUUCUUCAAUUGUCCAAGAGAAUGUGGUAGUACGGCAUUUGGGAGCAUUGACACGGCAUCUGGGAGCUGGUAUCAGUGUGGAGGCUUCCCACAGCUUCUGACUUUUUCAAUAGUGAACUUUCUACAGGCUCCACUAAUUUGUCGACGAUACUGCAUGAUUUGGGCCCCAUUCCCAUCGGAGGAAUUCUUGACGCAGGGAAGCAUGAUGUCGUUCAGAAGUCCGUUGAGGUGUGGGGAAGCCAUGGCAGACUGCACUGUUUUGGUGUAUAGUAUAGAUAGAUGUUAG